AUGGUUGGUGGUACCAUCCACACUGAUGACAAGAUGAAUGGAUAUCUACAUGCAAAGAACUAUGUUACGGCCAUUCUAGAGAUCAAGACUGCCAUUGCGCGAAUCAUCUAUGACGUUCGUCCUCACGUUCGUCAGCAGCUUGCACUCGCAGACGCGGCCUUGGCUACCAAGUACCCAGAAGAAGAAAUCGAUCUGGCUGCUGCCUGGGAUGAAUAUCGCAUCGACCUUCUUGAGUAUAUCUCGACAAUGUCAAAACUGUUCAUCAAAACUUGA